CUUUGAUCAAUUUAGCACUGUUAAAUUCUGACGAAUGAGCAGUUUCGCGUCAUGUGGCGCAUAACUAGCCCAGCCUCGUCGCUUAUUUCAAAUGAUGUCCAGUAGUAUAUACUAGUUUGAAAUUAGCCUGGAUAAAUUUCUAUACCUACGUGUGAGUUUUGGAAUACUUCUUGUGAACUUUUCUACGCUCGUUCGCGCUGUCUAUUUCGGCGGUUGCGCGUAAUUUUUUUUAAUUUUUUAAAAAUUUUUUUGGGCGCAGACAGAAACUCGAGCCAAUCCGCAUAUUCGCCUAAAACAAGAAGCUAACAAAACAGAACGGGACGCAGCUGAGUGAGUCCAAACCCAUCCCACCCGUCUUCCAGCCUCCUCCUACCUCUUUCACUAGUUCCCAAACAUUAGCGAGCGCUUUUCGGGAGCAUGUCUGCCAUCCAGGCUUUGGAGCAGUGGUGCCGGUUCCAGUGUGUCGGCUACCGGGACGUGAACAUCACCAACAUGACCACGUCGUUCCGCAGCGGACUGGCCUUCUGCGCCCUCAUCCACAAGCACAGACCCGACCUCAUAGAUUACGACUCUCUCCACAUGGAGGACGUGUUUGACAACAACAAGCUGGCUUUUCAGGUGGCGGAGGAGGAGUUGGGAAUCCCGGCUCUGUUGGACGCCGAGGACAUGGUGGCCUUAAAGAUCCCCGACAGACUCAGCGUUCUCACCUACGUGUCUCAGUACUACAACUACUUUAAAGCACGACCGCCCAUAGGAGUGAAGCGGCCGUCGGAGGGUUCCCAGUGGGUGCCGUCGGAGAAGAAGAAUGUCCCAGUGGCUGCCAAAGCCAAGACCGCCAUCAAGAAUCAGGCUCCUCCCACCCUCGCCGGCGGGACCUCUCCCAAGCUGGCAAAAGCUUCGGCUCAGAAGCCAAUCCCCAACAAAACUGGAACGCUUAACAGCAAAUGUGUGGCUUGCAAGAGUCACGUUCAUCUGGUCCAAAGACACUUUGUGGAGGGCAAACUCUUUCACCGGAGCUGUUUCAUAUGCUGCGAGUGUUCCGUCACGCUCCACGCGGGAGGCUACAAGCCGGGGAAGGAUCUGGACACUUUUGUUUGCCGCGUACACCCCGAGAAGAUUUCCAAACCCUCCCGUGAGGGUCGGAUCAAGCCCGCAUCUGGCUUGUUGCAUAGCGCCAUCCACAUCCAGCCUGCGCCUUCCUCCGAGCCCGUCCGUCCCGUCAACCCGACUCAAUGCUGGACCGCCUCGGCGCAGAAGACUCAAGCAGCCCGGCAGAACUUUUUCCAAGCAGUGCCGCCGCCUUCUCCACCGUGGAGGAAGUCCACAGAGCCCUCGGGAAGGCCGGUGUUCCCGCAAUGGCCGCACAUCCAUGGGGGCAAUGCUGGAAAGAAAUUGGCAGAGGAAAACUGCAACAAUAACAACAAACGUCUGUUUACCAUUCGCUCGGCAGAGAGACGAUUUGGAGGAGAGUCCGCACCAGCUGCAAACUCUACUGCGUCAAAAGUCGAGUGCUGCAAAAGUCCAGCAAGGAACUUUCGCACCAGUGAAGAAUCCGCACGUCCCGAGGCGAUCAAAUGUAGCGACCCAAUGCCGGCGACUACCACAGAUCAAUCUUAUGAGAGGCAAUCAAAACCUAAAUCUGUGGAAAGCAAAGCAGAGCCGCCAAGAAAAGACGCGGCAUCCUCCAGCAAACAACAUCGGUAUGACUUCUCGUCUACUUCUUUCUCCAGCGUUUCCACCACUCCGACGAGGCCUCCCCCGACAUCAGUGACCGUACUGCCGCCUCAUCCUGUCACAUUUUCACCAGCUGGCCAAGGGCAUCUGGCCGAUCCUCCCAGGAGGUGCUCGCCUGUCAAAUCCCCUGCAAGAUGGCCAGCUAUGGAGGCCAUUAGCUCGCCAACCUCCGCGGUGGAAAUCCCGUCAGGCGCUAAAAAAGGAAAGUAUUUGUCACCCAUCAACGCCCCCAGCGCUGAAAUGAGGUCACCCUCCCGCACAUCUUAUCACAUCCAGACGGAGCGUAUUGAGCGCGAGCUGGACGACAUCGAGAGCAACCUGGCGCUGCUGGAGAGAGAAGGUGUGGCGCUGGAGAGGAAGCUUCGCCGCUGUGAGGAAGAGGGCGAGGGCGACCUGCUGAUGGACCCGCUGAUGGUCGACUGGUUCAAGCUCAUCCGAAAGAAGCAAAUGUUCAUCAGGAAGGAGUCUGAACUUGUCUACACAGCGAGGACUCAGGAGCUGGAGCGGGAGCAGCCACGUGUCGAGCAGGAACUCCGCAGGCUGCUGGAGAAGCCCGAUCGCGCCAAGUCGGCCGAGGAGCGAGCGCGUGAGAAAAUGCUGAUGCGUAAUCUAAUGGAGAUCGUGGACGGCAGGAACGCCAUCGUGGAGGUCCUGGAUGACGACCGCCUCAGGGAAUUGGCGGAGGACGAAGAGCUGAACACGAUGAUGAAAAAUUUGGGAGUAAAGAAAGGCAAACCUAAAAGGAAGUCCUCCCUCUCAAAACUGUUCGGUCGAAGAAGCAAGCAACGAGUGCAAUAAAAUUGUAAUUGUUAGACAAAAGAUUGCCUUUACUCUUACAACUUUGAAACAUUUUGAGGUGGUCGUGUGCAUAAAGCAGGGUACCCUCAUACCGAUUUUAAACAUCUUAACCGAAUUUGUAAACACAGAGUUCGGUUAACAUUUACGAUUGUCAACUCGACUGUUUUCCAUGCAAACUGGGGAGGAAGAAUCAUUCUUAACACACCCCACACUAAAGGAUAAUCUCUCAGGAUAAUCAUUUGAUAAUCUCCCUUUUCGGCCUUUGAUCGAAAGGGUAGAAAAAAAUGCUCAAAUUAGGCCUGAUUGUCGGCGUGUGUGAACCCUACUUUUGCAGGAUUACUGCUAAAGUCCAACACAAACACUUGUGUAAAAUAUUUGGCUUUGUUUUAGGUCUGGACUUCCUUGGUGAUCUUGUCUUUUUAUUAUUUUGACUGCAGUGUAAAAGAUGUCCAAUUUUGGAAGACAAAUUGUUAUUCACACGUUGUCUUUAGCUCGCUGUCACUUAAUCAUAUGACCUGCACGUCACAUUUCCCAAUGUCACACACAAACAGACACUCAGCUACCUACCAUCUUAUAUUUAUUCUUGAAAAUUCUACCUUUCGAUGAUGUGUCACUGUGUGCUUCUUUAAUGAGUCAUUAAUCUUUUACAACAACAAAAAAUGCAGCCAAUCAGGUGGCGCGAGGUCAAAAGUAGGUCGUCGGCUGCUGAAAUAAUUCCCGCUGAAUUAUGUGCAUAUUAGACACACGUGUAAUCCCUCCACAGUCUCCAAAUUGAGCCAAAUUGAAAUUAUUUCAUUAAUAAUUUCAAUAAUGGAUUUUAACAAAUUUCCUGUAACGACAUUAGCAGGCGAAGAAGACAGAGGAGGAGGGGGACGCGCGGGUCUUGUUAAUUAAGCCACACGUGUUGAGCAGCCUCCACUUUGUACUGUAGGUGGCAGCCUGGCUAUGCUCUAUCACACACACUCUCACACGCAGACACACAAACACACAGCCACCACUUGCAAAAUCCAAUUUGCCACACUUGCAGACAGUUAAUUUCUUUGCUAAUUUUAUAAAUGCUGCAAAAAAAAAAAAAAGACAGAGAAAGUUUGAGCCAUGCCGACACAGUAACGCUAAGUGAAAGAGGAUUAGCUCCAGCGCUAGUUUAUGGCGGCCAAGGCUUAUAAACUAUAGUGCGGCCUUAUCACACGUCUCACGUGCUUUAAUUAAACAUUACUCUUUACUAAUAUCUCCGUGGCGAUUACGCCGCACCUGAGCUGUUGGAACGUGCGGCCUCCUCGCUUUUAGCAUUUUAGUUUGGGAAGGAAAGCGCGCUGUAGCAACUCUGUCCAAUAAAUUCUUUGAGGAUUAGUGUGUGCAUGUGCAAGAGGUGGAAUUAUUGUGCGGAAGAUGAGCAUUCAUGCACCCAGUUUUUUUAUUUUAUUUUCUUUUUUUAUUGCACCCACUUCUUUUGACUGUCUACCUCUUCCACAUUUCACAACAGGUUCAAACCAUUCAAACGUCAAAAGAUUCGCACAAUUCAGGACAUGACGAUAGUCUUUACCAUUUCAAAUUGAAAUUAUUCAACUCAUUCCAAACGAAAUAUUUUCCACAUUCCGGUAAUUCCGGCACGGUGACCGACUGGUUAGAGCGUCUGCCUCACAGUUCUGAGGACCUGGGUUCAAUCCCCGGGCCCCGCCUGUGUGGAGUUUGCAUGUUCUCCCCGUGCCUGCGUGGGUUUUCUCCGGGCACUCCGGUUUCCUCCCACAUCCCAAAAACAUGCAUGGUAGGUUAAUUGAAGACUCUAAAUUACCCGUAGGUGUGAAUGUGAGUGAAUUGUGUGAAUUGUUUGUUCGUAUGUGCGCUGCGAUUGGCUGGCAACCAGUUCAAGGUGCACCCCGCCUCCUGCCCGAUGAUAGCUGGGAUAGGCUCCAGCACUCCCGCGACCCUUGUGAGGAUAAGCGGCUCAGAAAAUGGAUGGAUGGAUGGAUUCCGGUAAUUUCCACAUUUCCCAAAUUUUUAGAGAUAUUCUACAUAGUUAGCUUCUCCUAAGCUCAUUCAGAACAUCUUGGGAACUAUUUUCCACGCUCAAUAAUUCUCAAAUCCCACACUAUACAUGAUUAAAUUCACAAAUUUAAGAGAUAUUUUACACAUUUACCUCCCUUUUACACAUUUCUCGACUAAUUAAAACCAUUCCAACUUCAAAAUAUCCAGCUCUUUUAGGACAUCUUGGGAACUAGUUAUCACAAUUUCACAGUAAAAUUACCAAUUUAGGAAAUAUUUUACAUAGUUACCUUCUCCGUUCAGAUUGCUUGACCAAUUAACACUCUUCCAAUUUCAAAAUAUUAAACUCAUUCAAGACUUUUUUUAAAGAAAUUUUUAUCGCAUUAUCCUCUUCCUUUCACAUUUCUUGACCGAUUCAAACCAUUCCAAUUUCAAAAUAUUAAGCUCAUUCGGGACAUCGUGUUGUUUUUCUUUUCUUUUUUUUAUCACAUUCCCAAGAUUUUUGCAAUACAAUUCACAAUUUAAGAGGUAUUUUCCAUUUUCACCUCUUCCUUCUUUCAUUUCGUGACCGAUUCAAAAGAUUCCAAUUUCCAAAUAUUAAGCUCAUUCGGGACAUCUUGGGAUUUUAUUAUUGUUUUGUAAAUCACAUUCCCCAAAUAUUUGCAAUAAAAUUCCCAAUUUAAGAGAUAUCUUACAUUUUCACCUCUUCCUUCCACAAUUUCAAACCAUUCCAACUUCAAAAUAUUCAGCUCAUUCAGGAUAUAUUGGGUCCGAUUAUCACAAUUCCUCAAAUUCCCAAAUGUUCACUCUAAAAUUCCCAAUUUGUGAGCUAUUUGACCUAUUUUCCCUUCUCCAUGCACAUUUCUCAACCGAUUCAAACCAUUCCAACUUCAAAUCUUACAUGCUGCAUUUCAGUUAAUUCUUCAGCAUUUCAGCUCAGCUAUUCAGCAUUCACAAGCAAUUUCUCCAGAAGUUGCGUUCUCCAGUUUACCUAAUA